CCUCUCCACAGAUUGACUGAGAGCUUCAAUCCUAGGUUGUUCUCACAGCACCAUCUUGAGUCCUCCCAACUGGAAAUAAAAAAUUUUAAAAAAUAAACAUAAGUUCCAAUUUCAGGCCAUCUCUUUGUGAAUACAUAUGACUGUACACUUUCAGAAAAAGGUAUGUCACAUCUUGAAUGCUUUAUUGCUUAGAAAUUGUAGGGUCCAAUCCUACAGGAUCCUGUGAGCCCCUCUUCUGGUGCAGAGAAGAGAAACUGUGGAAAUAAAGACACAAGACACAGAGAUGGAGAGAAAAAGAGUUUGGGCCCAGGAGUCCACUGCCAACCAAAGCGCAGAGUCCGGCAGUGUCCACACACUUUUUUAUUGAGUACAAAGCUGCGGGCAAGGUAGGUAGGGUGAGACAUUGGUGGUCAGUGAUAGGGUCAAGUACAUCACAUGAGGGCCCAGGACUUUCAAGUAGCUGAGAUGAGGUAAGAACCAUAAUGUGUCAGUGCUUUUUCCAUACUUGCCAAGAAAGAGCAAAGACAUUUAUAUUUAUGUUACUUUUACUGAUUAUAUCUUCUAAGAAAAAGAGAAAGCAGGUGCAGAAGCGGAACAUGAAAGUGGACGUGGAAUGUGACCCCUGAAGCACAGCAUCACAUAGAGACAAUUAAGCCCCCAGAUGUCUACCACAAGAGCUUGGGGGAGCAGAGUUUUCUCCGAACUCCUCUGGGGAGGGAGACAUCUUGGAUGUCUCCUUCCAUAGCUGUCUAAACAGCGGGUGCUUUCCCAUCACUGGCGUUGCCACACAGCCAAUGUGCCCUCCAGUAGCCCUUACACAGGCAUGACAGAGGGCUUAAAGCAUCCCAUCUUUUCUUAGGGUCACUUCUUUCAAAAUGUCACCUUAGGUUCACACUUAGAAACUGAGAGGCAUUAGUAAAAUAUUAUGCUGGGUAUAUAUAUAUACCUGGGCUCAAGCUAUCUGCCCACCUCGGCCUUCCACGUGCUGGAAUCACAGGCAUGGGCCUCUGCAUCCAGCCUUAUUUGUAUUCUUUAUGUUCAAGUGUACAAUUCAUUUCUGUAUUAUAAAUGAUCCAUGCACAAUCACACAAAAACGUAUUAGCUACUGAAGGAAUUUGAAUUCUAUUUAUCUAUCGAAUCACUUAUUGAUUGAAGGAUUCAGCUCUUCCAAAAAACGUAUCCUUACGUUUUUAUCAAGCUACAAUCUGUUCAGAUUCUGGGGACCUGUGUAUUAAAAUCUCCCACAACAGUUUAGCUCAUUAUCGCUGCAUUUCUAACAGAAAUUUGUCGCCUUGUUCAGUGCACGGGUCUACUCUGAUAAAGAGGAACAGAAGGGUCUCUGGGCUCAGGAUUAGCGGAAACAGGUCUGGGGCUGAACCACAGAGUCGCCCGGCCUCCAGUUGUCUAGAGAGACUACGCUGUCCCAGAUAGAAUGAGCCGCCGGCCGGAAGUUGAGGCGGGACUUCCUGGGGGAUCAGCCGGCCUCGGGUGAGAAGCCUUCGUGCUGCGGUGAUGUCUCUCUUCCAAGCGCGACCCCUUGAGGACGUGAGUUGGUUCUGUGAAGCUCCACGCUUAGGACCGCGCGUCCGGUUUGUCCUCAAUGGUCCCAGUCAUGCCCAGCCUCAGAACUCGCUAUGAGGAGGCAGAGAUGGAGCUCUCAGCUCCAGGACCAUCCCCUUGGACCCCAGCAGCCCAUGCCCGUGUGAGUGAUGCUCCUGCUGUGACCCACUCUGGAUCUGCAGUCUGUAGUCCCCUCUGCUGUGGUGAUACUGAGCCGGAAACCAUCUGCCCUCACUACCAGCAGCCAGAUUGUGACAGCAGGACCGAAGACAAGGAGUUUCUUCACAAGGAAGACAUUUGUGAAGAUUUGGAAUCACAGGCAGAAAUACCAGAAAACUAUGCUGGUAAUGUUUCCCAGGUGCCCGAGCUUGGAGGUCUAUGUGAUGAUGUAGCAGAAAGAGACUGGGGAGUCCCUGAAGGCAGGAGGCUGCUGCAGUCCCUCUCCCAGGAAAGGGACUUCACACCAGUGACCAUGGGGCUCCUUAGGGGCCCCUUGGUGGAGAAAGAUCUGGACUAUAAUGGUUUUGACAGUCGCUUCAGUCUGAGCUUAAACCUGAUGGCAUGUCAGGAAAUCUCUACAGUAGAGAGGCCACAUCCAUAUGACAUGGAUGACCAGAGCUUCCAGCACAGUGUGGACCUAACUGGUCAUGAGGGGAUUCCCACAGCUGAAAGUCCACUAAUAUGUAAUGAGUGUGGGAAAACCUUCAGAGGAAAUCCUGAUCUUAUUGAGCAUCAAAUAGCCCACACUGGGGAGACUUCCUUUAUGUGUGAUGAUUGUGGGAAAACCUUCAGCCAGAACUCAGUUCUUAAAAACCAUCAUCGAUCUAACAUGAGUGAGAAAGCCUACCAGUGCAGCGAGUGUGGGAAAGCCUUCCAUGGGCACUCAGACUUUUCUAAGCAUCAGAGUCACCACAGCAAUGAGAGACCUUAUAUGUGUAAUGAAUGUGGAAAAGCUUUCAGCCAGAACUCAAGCCUUAAGAAGCACCAAAAGUCCCACAUAAGUGAGAAGCCAUAUGAAUGCAGUGAAUGUGGGAAGGCUUUUAGGCGGAGCUCAAACCUCAUCCAACAUCAACGAAUCCAUUCUGGGGAGAAGCCGUAUGUAUGCAGCGAGUGUGGGAAGGCCUUCAGGCGAAGCUCAAACCUCGUCAAACACCACAGGACUCACACAGGUGAGAAGCCUUUUGAGUGUGGUGAGUGUGGGAAAACCUUCAGCCAGAGUGCACACCUGAGGAAGCACCAGAGGGUCCACACUGGAGAGAAGCCUUAUGAGUGUAAUGAUUGUGGCAAGCCCUUCAGUCGGGUCUCGAACCUCAUUAAGCACCACAGGGUUCACACUGGAGAGAAACCCUAUAAGUGCAGCGACUGUGGGAAAGCAUUUAGUCAGAGCUCCAGCCUUAUUCAGCAUCGGAGAAUUCACACUGGAGAAAAGCCUCAUGUGUGUAAUGUAUGUGGAAAAGCCUUUAGUUACAGCUCAGUUCUCCGAAAGCACCAGAUAAUUCACACGGGUGAGAAGCCAUACAGAUGCAAUGUCUGUGGGAAGGCCUUCAGCCACAGCUCAGCCCUCAUUCAGCACCAGGGCGUGCACACAGGUGACAAACCCUAUGAGUGUCAUGAAUGUGGGAAGACCUUCGGUCGUAGCUCCAAUCUUAUUCUUCACCAGCGAGUCCACACUGGAGAGAAACCCUAUGAAUGUACUGAAUGUGGAAAAACCUUCAGCCAGAGCUCAACACUCAUUCAGCAUCAGAGAAUUCAUAAUGGGCUGAAGCCCCACGAAUGUAACCAGUGUGGUAAGGCCUUCAACCGAAGCUCAAAUCUCAUUCACCACCAGAAAGUUCAUACUGGUGAAAAACCCUACACCUGUGUUGAAUGUGGUAAGGGCUUCAGCCAGAGCUCACACCUCAUUCAGCAUCAGAUUAUCCACACCGGUGAGCGCCCCUACAAAUGCAGUGAGUGUGGGAAAGCUUUCAGUCAGCGUUCCGUCCUCAUCCAGCACCAGAGGAUUCAUACUGGGGUGAAGCCCUUUGACUGUGCUGCUUGUGGGAAAGCCUUCAGCCAGCGAUCAAAGUUGGUAAAACACCAGUUGAUUCACACCAGGGAGUAGCCUGUUUGGCUGGUAGGAGUGAAAUAGAAUAGUUUCCUCUCCAACUCCUGUCUGGCCAUUGUCUCAGCCUCUGCCACUUCUCAGACCUAAAGCCUGGACCUAGCUCACUGCCCCACUGCCCCACUUCUGGUGGCCACAUGGUCUAGGACACUCCUUUGAAACAUACUUUACAGGCUCCCUUCUCACUGCCACUGCUCCUGCCUCUUGUGACCUCUUGGGUUUGGUUUGGUUUUUAUAGCUGUGAACAGGCUGCACAUUUGUUAUGAGGGAGAUUAUGGAAGCUGUAUAUUCAUCAAUAGAGUUUAUUGUAAUCAAAAGUUACCAAAAUAAUAAAGUGAUAUUUGGUUUGAGAUAA